CUCUCCAAAAAUCACUUCAUUUCCCCACAUGUCCACUCAAAAAGGCUUAAAAAAAUUUUGGUCCCCAUUUUAAAACCAAAAAUCCCAUUUUUUCCCCCCUUGCAUUCUCUCAAGAAACUCUGAAAAAUUGAAACUUUUCUUGCAGAAGGAAGAAUUUCAGUGGAAAAUGGGAGAAACCCACCUGGGAUUUCCCUUUAUGCUUUCUUUUGUGAUAAUUUUUCUGGGUUUUCCCCCUUCUAUCCACUCCCAGUCCAGUGAUGCUUCAGUAAUGCAAGACUUGAAGAAGGCUCUCAACCCACCGAGUUCACUUGGCUGGGAUGACCCAGACCCCUGUCAAUGGAAGAACGUUGACUGCUCCAAGAAUGACAACCGGGUCAACCGGAUCCAAAUUGGGAACCAGGGCCUGACUGGGUCUCUUCCAGAUAGCUUCAGCAAGCUCAAUGCUCUGCAAUUUCUGGAGCUCCAGAACAACCAUCUUACAGGGCCGUUGCCAAGUCUUAACGGGUUCGGUUCACUCCAGCGUGCUCUCCUCGGCUACAACAAUUUUUCAUACAUACCGCCGGAUUUCUUCGCUGGUAUGAACUCAUUGCAAGUAGUUAGUCUGGAUUAUAAUCAGUUUUCUUCAUGGGUUAUUCCUGAUAGUAUCAAAAGUGCUGCUUCCUUGAGUAGUUUCUCUGCAACAUCAACUAAUAUUUCCGGGUCAAUCCCGGACUUUUUUGGCCUGGAUACAUUGCCGAGUCUGAUAUCGCUUCAUUUGUCUUUCAACAAUCUCGUGGGCGGCCUGCCAGCGAGCUUUUCGGGUUCUUCGAUACAGUCUUUAUGGUUAAAUGGUAACAAAUUGAAUGGUAGUAUUGAUGUUAUAGGGAGUAUGACUGAGUUAACUGAACUUUGGUUACAUGGAAAUACGAUUACCGGGCCGUUGCCCGAUUUUUCGCGCUUGAAACAGUUGCGGAAUGUUAGUUUUAGGGACAAUAGUUUGACCGGACCAGUGCCGGACUCGUUGGUGGCGUUGCCUUCGUUGUAUAUUGUGAAUUUGACUAACAAUAAGUUACAGGGGCCGACUCCGAAGUUUGCUGCAAAGUCUGUUCAAUUGGAUAUGAAUCCAGGGUCGAAUAGUUUUUGUUCAGAUGCGCCUGGGGAGCCGUGUGAUCCGAGGGUUAAUAGUUUGCUUGCUGUGGCAAAGGAUAUGGGGUAUCCGAUUCUGUUUGCGUCGGACUGGAGAGGGAAUGAUCCGUGUACGCCGGUGUGGUCGGGUAUUAGCUGUAUUAAUCGGAAUAUAACCGUGGUGAAUUAUCCUGGUAUGAAGUUGAAUGGAACGGUUUCUCCAAAUUUUUCGUCAAUUACAAGCUUACAGAAGUUGAUUUUGUCGAAUAAUAAUCUGACCGGAAGUGUUCCAGUGGAGUUGACUAGUUUGCCUAACCUUCAGCUUUUGGAUCUGUCAAACAAUUCGCUUUCUGGUUUUGUUCCGUCGUUUAAGAAUAAUGUGGUCGUGAGAGUUGCUGGAAAUCCAAAUAUUGGGAAGCCUAGUCCUCCACCAAAUGCACCUGGAACACCUCCUGGGAGUCCGCCUGGUUCCUCAGGUGGUGGUGGCGGCGGCCGUGGCGGUAAUACAGGUGGUGGCAAAAAGUCAUCUUCUACUGGUGUGAUUGUGGGUUUGGUGGUUGGCAUUGCUGCUGCCGUUGUGUGCAUUGCAUUCUUAGUUUUCUGUGUUCGUAAAAAUAAACGUAAAGUUUCUGGAAGGGCUCAGGGUCCUAGCACUGUGGUUAUUCAUCCUCGCCAUUCAGGGUCGGACCAAGAUACUGUUAAGAUCACAGUUGCAGGUUCUAGCGCUAAUGGUGGAACAAGUGAAACAUUCAGUAUUGGAAGCAAUGGACAUCAUAAUAUCCACAUUGUUGAGCGAGACGGCUAUACAAUUAGAAUUGAGGUCUUAAGGAAUGUGACUGGGAAUUUCAGUGAGGAGAAUAUAUUGGGAAGAGGUGGAUUUGGAACUGUUUACAAAGGGGAGUUGGAUGAUGGGACAAAGAUUGCAGCCAAGAGAAUGGAAACUGGAGUUAUGAGCGACAAAGGUUUAGAUGAGUUCAAGGCAGAGAUUGCAGUCGUCACAAAAGUCCGACAUAGGCAUUUGGUCGCACUUCAUGGUUAUUGUUUGGAAGACAAUGAGAGGAUACUUGUUUAUGAAUAUAUGCCUCAGGGGCCACUCAGCAAGCAUUUGUUCAGCUGGAAGGAUGAACAGUUGAAACCCCUUGAGUGGAAGCAAAGGCUGACCGUUGCCCUUGAUGUGGCUAGGGGUGUUGAAUAUUUACAUGGUUUAGCUCAACAAAGUUUUAUCCAUAGAGAUCUUAAACCAUCCAACAUCCUUCUGGGAGAUGAUAUGAGAGCUAAAGUUGCAGAUUUUGGACUUGUUCGCCUUGUGCCUGAAGGAAAAGCUACUGUGGUGACAAGAUUAGCCGGAACUUUUGGCUACCUUGCACCAGAAUAUGCAGUCAUGGGCCGUGUGACUACAAAAAUUGACGUUUUUGCCUUUGGGGUGAUAUUGAUGGAGCUAAUUACUGGAAGAAAAGCUUUAGAUGAAAGCCAGCCGGAGGAAAGCGCUCAUCUUGUCCCAUGGUUUCGUAGAAUGCAGAUCAGUAAGGAUUUUCAGAAGGCCAUUGACCCCAUGAUUGAUCUUAAUGAAGAAACUCUUUCUAGCGUGAACACUGUUGCUGAGCUGGCUGGCCACUGUUGCGCAAGGGAACCACAUCAAAGACCUGACAUGGGCCAUGCAGUGAAUGUGCUUUCAUCCCUUGCCGAGCUUUGGAAACCAAGUGAACCUGAUCCUGAUGACAUAUAUGGAAUUGAUUAUGAGAUGACAUUACCGCAGGCUGUUAAGAAGUGGCAAGCUCUUGAAGGAAUGAGCAGUAUGGAUAAUACUUCUUUCAUUGGCAGUAGUGAAAAUACCCAAACCAGCAUACCUACUCGGCCUUCUGGAUUUGCAGAUUCUUUUACAUCCUCUGAUGGAAGGUGAUUUUUAGGAAAGGAUGACAGUGACCAAUGAGAUUUAGGCUCCUGUUAAUUGCCUCAGUGGAGGUUUGGUUUGUUCAUUCCUUAAGCUUAUUAUUCCUAAAGAAGUUUUUUUUUUUUUAAUUGGGGGUAUCAAGCAGGGUUUGUCUAUGUGCCCAUGAAUUGCUGUGAGGUGCAUUAAUUCUAGUGUGGAUAGAUUAAUACUGCCCUUGUCUCCUCUCUUUUGCUACUCAUGAUGAUGCAAAUAGAUAAGAGUUUUGUUAUAUGCCAUUUAGUGGGGAACUUUCUAUGAGUGUGAUCAGCAUUUCAAGUCUUUUUGCUGCU